ACCGACUCGACUCCUCCCGCUGCCGACGAUCGCUCAGCCAGGCCCUCCGCCGCGAUCCCGCAGACUGUCUGCUACUUCGACCUACCUCGUGACCGGUUUCCGCCUUCGCACAUGCGACCGAUCGGCAUCGGUGUGCAGGGUGCAGUAUGCAGUGUGACCGACAUGAAAACGGGCCGCCGGUUGGCGGUGAAGAAACUUUCGCAACCAUUCCAGAACGAAACGGUCGCCAAGCGGGCGUACCGCGAGCUGAAGCUGAUGCGCCUGAUCAAUCACCCCAACAUCAUUAAGCUGCUGUACGCUUAUACACCGCAGAAGACGCUGGACACGUUCCGUGACGUGUACAUCUUCAGCGAGCUGAUGGACGACAGUUUGCGGAGCGUGAUCGGUAAGCAGCAGCUUGAUCACGAGCGGAUCUCGUUCCUCGUGUACCAGAUGCUGUGCGGCAUCCGGUACCUGCACGCGGUCGGCAUCAUCCACCGGGAUCUGAAGCCGUCGAACAUGGUCGUGUCGUGCAACUGCGACCUGAAGAUACUGGACUUUGGGUUGGCACGGAGCGUCGAGUCGACCUUCACGAUGACCCAGUACGUGGUGACGCGCCACUACCGGGCGCCGGAGAUUAUCCUGCAGAUGGAGUACGACACCCGGGUGGACAUCUGGUCGAUCGGGUGCAUCGCCGCCGAACUGAUUACCGGCCAGGUGCUGUUUCCCGGCACCGAUCACAUCGACCAGUGGAUGUGCAUCGUGCAGAAGCUCGGGACGCCGCGGCCCGAGUUCAUCGAGCGCACCACACCCGGCACGCAGCGGUACAUCCGCAACCAGCCGCCGGUGCCGGCACUCCCAUUCGAGGACAUCUUCCCGGACAGUGUGUUCGAUGGCACGGCGCCCAGCAGCCAUCCGCAGCUGACGAACGCGAUGGCGCGCGAUUUCCUCCGCCAAAUGUUGGCCUUCGAUCCGCAGCAACGGCUGUCCGUCGACGAUGCGCUCCAGCAUCCGUACAUCAACGUAUGGCACUACGAGCCCGAUUUUCACCGGCCCCACCCGGUCAUCCCGUACGAUCAUUCCAUCGACGCGCAGCACCUGACGGUGCGGCAGUGGAAAGAGUUACUGUUUCGCGAGAUCGCGGACAUCCAAAGAAGCAUGACGCUGGACGAUCCGGGAGCUGCCGGUUCCUCCGAAACACGCUGACGCUGGCCCGCGCCAUUCGCCAUGUGCCAUUCUGGGGUAGGCACGGGAACCGCACACACACCGUGUACCGCUUUCCUUCUGAGGCUGUUAUUUGUAAAGAGAUUCUAAGUUAGC